AUGGGUGCGGGCCCUUUAGUUUUCGAAGUUGGGGUUGUAUUUUUGCUGACAGUAUUACUUCUGAACAAAUAUGGCAAUUGGCGGCAGCAGCACUGCAUUGUAACGAUCUCAACAUUCAUUGGCUGGUUCUUCUCGUUCAUCAUUAUUUUCAUUCUUCCGCUGGAUAUUUCUAUUACAUUUUAUAAUCGCUGCUUAUUGGAAGAGAGACAUUCAGCCGCUGAAGAGGAAUUCCAAUUCAGAAACAUUACAGAAUUAUCGUGUAAAAAGCCAGAUGGCUUUGUGCCAGAUUUUGUUCUGUUACGAAUGUGGCGAAUUGUUUAUUGGACAUCGCAGCUGCUCACAUGGAUUGUGUUACCAUUAAUGCAAAGUUACUCAAAUGCUGGAGAGUUUACGACUGUUGGAAAAUUACGCUCUGCACUGUAUAGUAAUGUCGCAUAUUAUGGCACAUAUCUUCUUGUCUUUUUCAUGCUGGUUGUUUAUGCGGCCGUUAAAGGAGUAGUCUUGAAUGCGUAA